CUCUCUUUUUCUAUCAUUAAAAACACCCUUCGGUUACACUCUCUCUACCUUCACUAGCAUCAUAUACUUGUUAAAAACCCAUUUUCCUUCCAAUAACUCAUUCUCACUUAACUACAAAAUUUCAAAUAUCAUCAAUGAAACGAAUGGACAUGUUCUGUUCUUCCCCUGCUUCAACAGAAGUAAUACAUCAAAGUUCUAUUAUGCUUCGACGAAGCAGAAGCACCAAAAGCUACUACGAACAUGAAAGAAGGAAAAACCAACUUCAUCGUGCUCCUUGUUCAUCUCAAUUAUUACUACCUAUUAAUCCUAAGCCUUACUUUGAGAAACACCGAAAGAGUUCAGCAGAUAAACAAGUAAACAAUGACACACGUAGAAAAAGUUCUGUUCAUGUUAAAGAUUUGUCUUCUAAUUAUCCAAGUGUUGCUGAUUCUUCUAGAAGAUAUCUCCUUGAUGAUAAACCAUUCAUCGAUUGGGUUUCUGAGUCCAACAAAAUGGUUUCUAAGCUUGAUGAUAAAACCAUGUCCAUGGAUAUGAAAAGAAAGGAUUCUCAUGCUCUUGUUAAGUUCUCUUCUUCACCUCUCUCCUCCAAGGACCAGGUUGUGGUUCUAAGGGUGUCAUUGCACUGCAGAGCCUGCGAAGGAAAAGUCAGAAAACAUAUCUCAAAAAUGGAAGGAGUGACAUCAUUCAGCAUAGAAAUGGAGACAAAGAAAGUAACCAUUGUAGGAAACGUGACGCCAUCAAGUGUACUGGAGAGUGUAUCCAAGGUGAAGAGUGCACAGCUAUGGUCUUCUCCAACAUUAUCAUCAUCUUAUUUCACAUAAAUUAACUUUUUUUCCACCUCUACCUUUUCCUAUGUAUUUUAAUGUUUGUUUGGUAAUCAUUAAGGAAUGUGGCUCUUUUAUUAAUGUUAUUGGAAUAUAAAUUUAAAUUUGACAUAAAAUAUGACAUAAAUACAAUACUAUAUAAGAUAUGAUCAGGUCAUGUAUUGUUUCUAUGUAUUGUUUUUCAUAAAAUAUUGUAUUUAUAUCUUAUUUUGUGUCAAAUUUUGUAUUUCAACGUGAAUUAUUUGUUUAUAUCAUUAAGAAUGUGAGUACAAAAAAGUGAGAAUGCAUGAUUACUUGGUGGGGUCAUAGCAACUUUAUUGCAAUUUGUAGUACCAAAAUGCAAUUUCCUUUUUAUAAGUUUGAUGACUUGUCAAUCCUAAUGUGUGUUGUGUAAAUUAAUAAGACUUUUAGUUAGAUUGGUUUAAUGAAUC